UUAUUCCUCGUGUAAAUAAAAUUCUUAAUUUACUUUUUGAGCCAUUACAAAGUUUUAUUUUUGACAUUCUAUUCCAAAUUAUAAUGGCACCAUAUUUCCUUCUUAAAAACUUUUAUGAAAAUCAAAUACACCUCUUAUUAUCUAUAAAAGUGUUUUAACUACUUUAUUUGAGUUCUUUGAACUCAAGUGGUAGGCACAAAGUAAUAUAGUACAUAAGUAUGCAAUGUUUACAAGAAUUAGAUAGUGGUAUGGUAGAUCUUCUCAAAGAUAUUUUACCUAGAAAUUAUGAUUAUCAUGUGUGCUCAUUUGAAUUAUUGGAAGAAAAACAAUUUAAAUCUAUAUUUAGGAUUGCCAUACAUACGAAGGAAAUGGCUUUAAUUUGGAAAAAUGAUCUAGAAAAGUCAUCCCAAAGUAUAUUUAGAAUUUUAAAGACUUUUCCAGAUAGUGGCUUAAAAAAUGACAUGAAAAUACUUUUUAGAUGUCAACAUAAACUAAGGCCUAAUAAAAGCCAUGGCUUUACCAAAAAUACUGAUUGUCCAGUUAGCAUGUGUUUAACUCUUAAAAGAACUUUAUUAGGCAGAAAAAGCAGGUCAAAAGAUAUACAUUUGCCUAGAUUCCCCUGUAUAGUUGAUUUAAGAUAUAAUCACAAUCAUAAAUUAUCAAAACAAUUGGUUUUUAAGGCCUUUAAUGGAAAACAAAAAAGAAACAAUAUUGAUGAUGAAAAUGGAAUAUAUCUUAAAAAUGUGGAUUUUAACUUGUGUAAAAACAAAAUUUUUAAGGAUGGAUUAAUAUUAUCUAAACAUGAUUUGGUUGAAUUGAUGAAUAUUAAUAAGAUCAAAAUGAAAUUUGAAUUUACUAUAGAUCAAAGUUUAACAAAAUAUGAUAAGGAAAAUAUGAUUAAACAUAUAAAAUCGACACCACAAAUAAAUAUGGAAAAUAAAUUAUUGCCCAUUACUUUCAAUAAAGAAUUAUUAUACACAAAUAAUGCAGAAAAACAAAAUGUUCAAGAUAUUUGUUUCAGGCAAAAAAAUGAUAACAAUGAAUGCAAAAAUCAGAGUAACAUGUAUUAUAAUCAUUUAGAUGAAUUAUAUUUGAUUGAUGAAAUUUCUAACAGUGAAUUUGAUUUACAAUUAAAAAGUUCAAAUAAAUUGGAUGAUCAAAUUAAAUACAACUCCAUGCAUAAUGAAGAUUAUAUUAAUUUUAUAAAUUUAACCUUGUCACCAUAUAGUAAUUUGAAUUUGGAUGAUGAUGAUAAUAUAAGUCUUUGGAACUUUAGUGACAAUUUGAAUAGUUUAACCAAUGAUUUUAAUGGCAAAUCAAUGAUUGCAGAUGAAGAUGAUAUAACAGGAGCAUUUAGUGAUUCUGAAAACUACAAUUAUUUUUAUAAUUUAUACUUAGAUGGUAAUGAAAAAUUAUUAACUGAUAUUUUGUCAUAACAAUUAGUUUUAUUAUUUUCAAUUUGGUUACAAAAUUAGUCUAUAUUGAUAUUUAUUUAAAACAUUUUCUGAUAUAAUGUGAUAGAAUAAUAU